UCUCUUGUUAAUCAAAUAGUUUUCAAAGCGACGAAAGCAUUUCUUGUUUAAAUCAUUUUUCCUGCGAGCCUGUGACUAAGUAAAGUUUUAAAUUAACUAAGUUCCUUGCACUCCAAUACAAUAUGGACGAAGAUGAAGAUUACGUUGUAGAAGAGAUUCCGGUAUUUCUAUCGAAGAACUUACAGGACAACUUGUAUCUCUUCCAAUACCCGACCAAAACUCAUAUAACCAACUUUGAUGCAGCCAAUGUAGUAAAUUGCUGUGUCAAACCCUUCAGCAACGAUGUCAAGGUGGACUUCGCCAUGAAUAUAGAAUCCAAAUACUAUGAUCGUUUCAAAGGAGAACAAUUUGCCAUUAUGGCCGAUGGCAAGACUCAAGUCAAAGGUGAACGUCCAUCAUUCAAGCAUGGCAUCAUGGAUAAACAGUCAUACACCAGCACAAAAUCCAUUGACAAUGCCGCAAAGUACAUUGUAGGCAUUCUGCAGGAUAAAGAAGUCCAUCUGUCGCCUUUGACUAGCAUUCUGCAGCUUCGCCCAAGUUUCCAAUACUUCGACAAAGAGGAUAAACGUGCUAAGGCUGAAGAAAAGUCCAUCAAUGAGGAGGACGACGAUGAGGAACUGCAGCAGGUCACAGUGAAGUUCUCGAAGACUGGGGCGAAUCGAAGCAAGAAAAUCAAAGACAAGAGUUACGACAGCUUCGUGAAGCGCUGUACCGAAGAACCCUGGUGCGAAACCCUCUGGCAUCCACGAACAUCACCCACGGCUGAAUUGGAACGGCAAAAGUUGUUUGCCACCCAACAACAAACGAGUCAUUCGAUGGAAUUGAAGGCCACGAAAUACGCCGGCAAGCUCUUGAUACAGAAUUGUCAAGAGAUGAGUAUUGAUACGGUGCUUCCAUCGAAGGUGAUUGGAAAAAACAAAUUAAAGACAAUGCCAUUGACUGAUCAGUUAAAAGUAAUUCUCAAAGAUGCUCGCAUGCUCACUUUCGAUGAUAUCAUGUCGAUUCUGACAGAAAGCGAUGAGUGUCUCAGUUCAGAGAGAAACUUGAAUGGAGUGAACUCUGCGGAAAAAUGUACGCCAUUGCUUGUGCUGCGGACUUUGGCAUUGGUCGGGGUGCUCAUCAAGGGUAAUUGGGUUGCCAAAUCAGAAGUCAUAUAUCCUCCAGACAAUUUAUCCAAUGCCAAUGGAGUGUGUUCGGAUUUGAUGAUUCGUGCUAGAGACUAUAUUCUCUACAAAUUCUCCAAACAAGAAUUCCUCGAUCGUCGCCAAGUGAUCCAAGCAACUCAACUACCACCGGAAGAAGCAUUAGAGACUUUGCAAUCCGUAGCUAAAUUAAACACCGAGAAGAAAUGGCAACUUCUCUUACCGCCUGAUAAAACAUUUAUAAAUCGCUACUCAGAUCAUGUCCAACGACAAGAUAUGCUUUGGCAGGCAACAGAGCAAACAUUCAAUGAAAUGGACUUUGAAAAAUCACCAAAACGAGUCCGCAAGCGAUCUGUAAGGGAAGCCAAAUUAGAUAAGUCAUUAGCGUGAGUUCGCCUAUCGAAUUUGUUAAGUUUAUAUUAUUAGAUUAGUUUUUAUACACAAUGUAAAAUAUAAUAUAAAUUAAUGCGAUAUAAUUAUUAUAUUAAAUAAAAAAUACUUUAUAUUUA